ACUGUCGGUCCAAACUGGCCAUGAUCAGACAGAGCCUGGACAGCCUGAAAGACAAAGCGCCUCAGCUGGAUCUGCUCCUGCAGGGGGCCCGGCUGACCGUCACCAGGGAUGGACUCCCUGCCUCCUGCCUGGACACGGUUACGGCUCUGCUCAGGAAGCUGGAGGAGGCGGACGGCGGACUGGCCAACCAGCAGCAGAACCUCCAGAAGGAGACCCACAACAAGUCCCUGGGCCUGAGGAAGAGGAGUCUGCUGGGGGAGCUGAGGAAGCUGCAGGAUACCAUCGAAUCUCAGGGUCUGAAGGAACCCACCAUGCCCGCUGUGCAGCAGAGGCUCCGUGCUCUGUCAGAUUUGGACAUUCAGCUGCAGAGCCACGAGUCAGAGCUCCAGAGUCUCCGUGAACUCCAAGAAAAGCAGGGAGGAGGAGAACACCUCCUGGAGGAGCUGGAGACUCAAUGGGAUGACACCUGCAGAGCUCUGACCAGCAGGAAGCAGCGGUGCAGCGUCCUCCUGGAGCUUCUGAAGAAGUUCCAGAGCUGCCGUAGUCACCUGAGUAACACCAUGCAGAGAGCAGAGCAGACCAUCAACGACCAGGCCUCAUACAUGGGCAAAGACAACCUGCACAGGAGCAUCACAAAGGUCCAUGAUAUUAAGGAGGAACUGGGGGGUCUUAGGGAGCCCUUGGAGGAGCUGAGGAGUGUUUGCAGACAACUUCAGUCCCACCUGAAGAAGAUUCCAGACUGUGGUGAAGCUCCAUUUGAGGCAGAGGCUGAUACGCUGAUGGACAACUGGUUGGAUGUGACAGAGAAGACAGACGCCUACAUGGACAACCUGAAAGUGGGGUUGGAGCUGUGGGAGAAGCAGCUGAUGCUGGGUGGAGAGGUGGAUACGUGGGCAGGAGCCAAACUGGGCCUGUUCGCAGAGAGCCACCCCUUCCACAACGAGCAACAAGUCCUGGCCAUGAGGGAUGAGAUUCACACCAAUGAGCAGAACAUCGAACAUUUUCACAAGAAGUCUGUGGAGAUCCAGGAGAUGCUGCAGAGUCAGGAGUCUCCACUGGAGCUGCAGGUGAUGGAGACCCAGCUGAGGAAGAGGAUGGAGCAGGUGAAGGAGCUGUUCACAGACUGCACCGACGUCUUCCAGGAGCUGAUGGCUGUGAAGAAACACCUCGCUGAGAAGAUCGACGACUGUCAGACGGCCGUCGAGAACCUGCAGAGUUCCAUCAGCAAAUGUGACGCUUCAAAACCAAACACAGAGACACAGAUACAGGAUCUAUGUGAUGAGCUGGACGCUCAGGAGGACCAGGCUGAGGCCGUGCUGAAGGAGGUGGGUUUGGUUUCCAGCGUGGCCAGUCCUCAGGCUCUGGAGGCCCUGUCAGUGGACUGCACCCGCCUGAGGGAGGCCAUCGCCCGCACCAAGGAAAUGAUCCACCUGAAGAGAGAGGAGAGGGACAAGGGUCUGCUGAAGGUCCUCAGAGAUGAAAGGCAGUCGUUUGAGGAGUGGUUCCAGGACUUGCAGCUCUCUGUCAAUGAGUGUUUUGAGAAUCCUGAGAGCAGAACGAUUAUGGAAAUGUCUCUGCAAAGACUGACUGGUUUCUUAAAGUCCAAAGACGCCCACCGACGUCUGGAGCAGCUGCAGAACCAGUUGGACCGCGGCCGACAGCAGAUUCCACCUGAGCAGCUGUCUGAGCUCACAGACUUCCUGAAGGAGCAGCAGGAGGAGGUGACCACGUUCAGAACCCACUGUCAAAACAGACAGAACCAAUUGGAGGCACUGCUCAGCGACAUGGACAGUUUGCAGAAGCAGCACAGUGUCUUCAGUGAGUGGCUUCAGACCAAAGAGAAACAGUCUGUGGACGCAGACAAAGUCCAGCGUCUUCUGAAAGAGCUUCAGGAUGAAAGUGGGAGAGUUGAAUCUCUCUGUGAGCUGCUGGCCUCCGUUCGCAGACAGGGCGUCAGAGCAGACAACCUCCUGAAGAACAGCGACAACCUGAUCCAGCGCUUCAGGAACCUGGAGGUCCGACUGCAGAAACAGGCCGAGGCCCAGAGCGCCUUGGACGGACAGUUCAACAAGUUCAACAGCCAAGUGGAAAGCACCAGGAGCUGGAUCAGUGAACUCCUGCAGCCCCUCACCUCAGCUGGAGAAACCAACAAGACUGAGGAGAUACAACAAACAGCACAGACCAUCCUGAGCUCCAAACCAGAAGGAGACUCUAAAGUGAACGACCUGAGACACCAGAGCCAGAGUCUGAGUGAGCAGGAUCUUCAGGAGAACCAGAGGCUGGAGGUCCAGAGGUCGGUCCAAGACACCGAGGAGCAGUGGAAUAAAGCUCUGCAGGUGGUUGAAGACGCUCUCUCCAAAGCCAAGACCCAAGCCCAGUUAGACCAGGAACUGGACGCCUUCAAAACCCACAAACACAGUGUCCAGUCCUGGAUCACGGAGCAGGAUCAGAAGGUCCAGUCUCUUGGUGGACACAUGCCGGCUAAAGAACGAGUCCAGGCUGCACAGUCAUCUUGUAGUUCGAAGCCUGAGGGGGACUCAAAGGUCCAAGAUCUGAAGCAGCGAUGCCAGAGUCUGUGUGACAACGAGGCUUUGGACGAAACCAGGAGACAUGAGAUCCAGGACGCAGUGAGACAAACGGAGGAGCAGUGGAAUAAAGCUCUGCAGGUGGUUGAAGACGUCCUGAACAAAGCAAAAACUCAGGUCCUGUUAGACCAGGACCUGGACGCCUUCACAACCCUCAGAGACAGUGUCCAGUCCUGGAUCGCGGAGCAAGAUCAGAAGGUCCAGUCUCUCGGGGGACACAUGCCGGCUGAAGAACGAGUCCAGAUCGCACUGUCAUCUUGGAGUUUAAAGCCUGAAGGGGAUUCAAUGAUCCAGGAUCUGAAGCAGCGAUGCCAGAGUCUGUGUGACAACGAGGCUUUGGACGAAACCAGGAGACAUGAGAUCCAGGACGCAGUGAGACAAACAGAGGAGCAGUGGAGGACGGCGCUGCAGAACGCUGAACAGGCUCUGAACAAAGCAGAGAACGAAGCCUCCACUGAGAAGGAGUUGGAUUCAUUCAAAGACCAGAAUGAAAAUGUCCAGUCAUGGAUUAAAGAACAGAAGCAGAAGCUGAUGUCGCUCAGUGGCAUCAUGCAGUUUGAGCAGAGGCUGCAGAUCGCACAGGCUGUUCUAGCGUCCAAACCCGAAGGAGAAUCCAAGCUGCAGGAUCUGCAGAGACAAAGCAGGGCUCUGUGUGAACACCUGGCGGAGAACAGGAACCCAGAGGCGGAACAUCUGCUCAGAGACACGGAGCAGCAGUGGCGAGGCGUUCUCCAGGCCGCCAGACAAGCAGAGCUACGAAGCCUGUCCGACGACUUCGACGCUCAGACCAAAACCACCCAGUCCUGGAUCAGAGAGAGACAGCAGCAGCUCCAGACCGUCAACAGUCAGACGCCGUCUGAGGACAGACGUCACACUGCUCAGACGGUCUUAGGCUCCAAACCAGAGGGCGACUGUAAAGUGAACAACCUGAGGAGGAGAGGCCAGACCAUGUGUGACCACCAGGACGUGGGUGAAACCAGGAGAGUCCAGGUCCAUCAGACGGUCAAAGACACCGAGGACCAGUGGAGGUCGGUCCAACAGGCGGCCAAACAGACCGAAGCAGCGGCCGAAGCUCAGAUCGCCCAGGAGACGGAGACCAAAACCCAGCAGCUCCGAGAAUUCGAUACCCAUCAGGGGGAAACGGGACGCUGGCUGAAAGACCUCCAACAACGACUGGACGCUCUGAAGAACCAGACUGAAGCUGAGGACAGACUGCACACAGCGCAGGCUUUGAUGAGCUUUAAGGCUGAAGGAGACGCUAAGCUGCAGGAGCUCAGGAGACGAGGACAAAGACUGGAUCAUCUGGACCUGGAGGGAAACAAGAAAUCACACGUCCAACAAACAGUCACAGACGCUGAGGAGCAGUGGACCAACAUCCUGGAGGCUGUGAAACAGGCCCUGGACCAGGCUGAGAGACAAUGUGCUCUGGAGGAGCAGCUCAAGGACUAUGAAGCCCUGAAGAAGAACACCACAGACUGGAUCCAGGAGAAGAACCAGUGCCUCAGGAAACUGGACUCUCACACGGAUCCAGAAGAAACCAUAAAGAAUGCACAGACCAUCCUGAGCUCCAGACCUGAAGGAGACUCCAGGCUGGCAGAGCUGAAAAGACAAAGCCAAAGUCUGAACGACAGAGACGACGUGGACAAGAACAAAAGACGAGAGCUUCAGCAGACGAUGAAGGACACAGAGGAGCGGUGGACGAAGGUCCUGCAGACAGCGGAGGAUGCUCUGAAGGAAGCGGAGGUCCAGUACUCACUCAACAGGGAGACGGACGCCUUCAGGAUCCAGGCUGGAAACACUAAAGCCUGGGUGGAAGACCUGCAGAGACAGGCCCAGUCCAAGGGGACGGGUACUCAGGGAAGUCCGGCUCAGAUAGAGGAGCGACUCAGUACAGCACAGGUUAUCUUAAACUCCAGGUUGAAUGGUGACAGUCAGGUGAUGGAGCUGAAGAGACGAGCACAAAGUCUAUGUGGACACCAGGACCUGGACCACAACAAGAAACAGGAGGUUCAGCGGACAGUGAAGGACACAGAGGACAAGUGGAGGACAGUCCUGCAGGCAGCCAAUGAUACACAAAGGCAGCUCCAGGGGGUUUCAGAGCGCCUGGUGUCCUGUACGCUUCAUAGAAAACAGGCUGAGACCCGUCUGUCUGAGGUCCAGAAGCAGACGUCCAGCCUGCCCAGGGUCUUCCCCUGGCCCGGUCUGGGAGAGCGGAGGCAGGCUGUGGACCAGGCCCGGUCUCUGCUGGACCAGACCUCAGCCCUGGCCCCUGUGCUCUCAGAUGUCCACAGACAGGCUGCAGACCUUGCUAAGAUCACACAGGAUCCCAGUUGGUCAGAUCCAUCCUGGUCCACCAUGGAGGAGUCCAUCCCUGCUCUGCUGAAGGAUCUAACCGAGGUGGUGUCGGAGCUGGAGCAGGGCGUCCUGACGGAGAGGCAGUGCACUCAGCUGAUGGAGCAGCAUGAGGCCGCCCAGGACUGGCUGAGGGAGCAGGUGAAAGGCCUGGGGUCGACUCCGACAGACAGGCAGGGUCUGCACAGCACUGUCAACACCCUGAAGGCUUUGCUCCAGACGGUUCACAGAGAGCAGAGGGAGAUGCAGGAGUUGGACGCUGCCAGAGACAGUCUGCUGACCCUCUGCACCCCCGGCGGUCGGGACGCUCUGACCUUAGAGGUAGGUCAUCUCCACGACCUCUGCGCAACCUCAGAGCAGGAGGUGAAGGAGCACCUGUCUGCCUGCGAGGCCCGGCUGGAUGACCUGGACAAACAGCAGAGCAGAAAAACACAGGCACUGAAGGAGAAAUCUGCAGCGCUGCAGUGGGAGCUGCGAUCUUUGGACCAGGCACUGAGUUACAGCGAACCGCAGAACAACAUCACACAGCUCCAACAACGCUGGCACAGUCUGAAGAACUGUGAGAAGUCACUGGAAGGCCUGAGGGUCAAAGUUCAAGAUCUGUCUCAUGAAGUGAAAUCUGCUCCUGCAUCAGAUGAGCUGCCGGCAGAAAUUAUGACUGUGGUGAAUUCUUUGAACCAGCAACACAACAGUCUGAAGUCCAGGCUGAAUGAGCAUCAGGAAACCUGUUCUUCAAACACCACCCGCUGCCUGACGGAGUCUCUGCACAGUUUACAGAACUGGAACCACAGGAAACAACCGGACUCCAGAGAUUCUUUACAGGAGACAUUAGAGGAAGGUGAGAAGUUGCGAGUCGACCUGCAGGAGGCACUUUCACACCAGCAGUUUUUAUCUGAAUGUCUGAGGCCAGAGUUGUUUGAGAAAUUGAAGAAGGAAAGUUCAGAGACAUUUGGAGAAGCAGAAACCCAGAAGAAAUGUCUCCACAAGAACUUAGAGGAACUUGAGCAGCGUAAACACAUGCCAUUAGCUAGUCAGCCCUCAGACGUCGUCAUGGAGACUCCUGUGGUGGCGCCUCCAAGAAGAAACAAACGUUUACCUGAGAAAAAACCUCAAAUAAAUGUGUCAACAAGUAGCCCCUCAACAGAGAAAUCUACUAAAAUCAAAGAUGAAUUGGCAGAUUUGACUGAGGCGAUGCAGACUGAAGCUGUGGUUGCAGGUCUGGAGCAAACCUUAAUGGAACCAACAAAAAGGAAAUCCCAGAGUCCCCCAUGUUCCUCAGAGCCUACUUCUACUUCUCAAGAAGCAGAGGUUAAAAGCAUUAAACUAGACGUCACAGCUGAACCUAUAUCCCCUGAACAGAUUAAGCCUGCUGCCGUUGAAAGUAAGGAAGUCACUGAGCAGACUGCACCCGUUAGCAAAGAAACCCCUGUACCAUCCAGGAGAAAGUCCAAGGGUCCAACCACUGACACAGAAACUAAACAGAUGAAGGUCGAGCCUGUAAACCUAGAGUCUGGCUUUACCCAACCAGAAACUACUGCUGUGGAAGAAACAAAGCGUAUAUCAACCAUUAUUCUACAUGAACCUCAGCCAAUCACUGCUGUUUCGGAGACAACUACCGUUUUGGAACAGUAUGAGAUUUUGCCGCCAACACGAAAGCCAAAAAGUCCCAAAAUUCCUCCGAAACAAGCCAAUGUGGAAGCUGCACAGAUGAAAAAAGAACCUGAGAGUCAGAAACCUGGAAGCCCAGGUUCUAUUAAUGGUGAUGCAAAGGUAAUACCAACCAGGAAGAAGUCGAAGAGUGAAGAACCAACCACAACUUCACAGGAGACUGCUGCCUACAUCGCUACUGUUCAGGAAACUAAGGAUAAGCAGAAGCCGGCAUCAACAGAGACCCAGAGAAGGUCAAAAGCUUCAAAGAUUCCCCCAGAAGUUUCUACGAGUGAGGUUGUAAGAACUAAGGAAGACGAAACUAAACCUGCAGAUGUUAAGGAAGCCAAAGUUAUACCAGCCAGGAAGAAGUCAAAGAGUCAUGAGAUUCCCUUAGCUCCAGAGUCAGAUGUUAAAACAGCUGCUGUAAAGGCAACAGAGGAGAGUAAAACUACCGCUCCAGAUGGGCAGAAGACCAUUGUCCAGGUCGGUGGUGCUGAUGACCUCCAGGAGACUGAGGAAAAGAAGGUGGCUAUGCUCGUUUUGGACAUACCUGGGGUUUCCUCAGCUUCAGUGUAUCCUUCAGCCCAAGAGAUCAUAAAAGAACAGUCUGAGCAAAGUAAGUUACUACCACCAAAGAGAAAGUCAAAGAGUACAGAACAUCCUCCAGAACACACUGAAACGGAGACAGCACAAAGACAAGACAAACCUGAAAAACAAACAUCAUCUGCCAGUAACCAAACUGAAGAAAUAAAACUUGUACCAACCAGAAGAAAAUCAAAGACUGGAGAGCCUCCCACACCUUCAGAGCCUGUUACUCAUGUUCAAACUGCUGGGCCAAGUGAGAGUCCUGUUGUAGAAAAAGGUAAGCUGUCGCCAACCAAAAGGAAGUCCAAGGGUCUGAAACUUUCCCCUGAACUUCCUACCAAGGAGGUGCAAAUGGUCUUGAAAGAGUCUGAGUCUGUAGUUUCAGAAGUGACAAAACUCAAACCACCUGUUCGAAAAUCAAAAAGUCUUGACAUUUUCACAGUUGAUGAGGCAAAGGAUCUGAAGGAUGUUAAAGCAGGAAAAGCCUCAGAGGCUGAAACUACAGCAGUGGAAAAAGGUCGAGUUUCACCAACAAAAGGAAAACCAAAGAAUCUGGAAUCUUUACCUGAACCUGCCACUACACACCCACCGGAGACCAAAGACCAACCAGGUCAGAAACCAGCUUCAGCUCCAGAUAUGCCCACAUCACUGACCAAAAGUACUGUUGGUGAGAACGGUCAGCUUUCACCAACCAAAAGAAUGUCAAAGAGUCAAUCCAAAGAAUCUCCAGGAAUCUCUAAGAAGGAGCUGAUAGAGACCAAGGAAAAGCCUGAUAGUCAGAAGACUUCAUCCACUCCAGGUGUAGUUACAUCACCAACUAAAAUGACUGUUUCUGAAACAAGGAAGCUUUCACCAAACAUAAGACAGUCUAAAGGGCUGAAACCAUCUCCAGAGGUAGAGAAAAAGGUAAGCCCUGCCACUCCAGAGGUGGUCACAUCACCAACGGAUAAAGGAAAUGUUUCGCCAACCAAAAGAAAGUCAAAAGAUCGCCCAAAGAUUUCCCCAGAACUUUCUAAGAAGGAGCUGGAAGAGACAAAGGUCACAUCACCAACUGAAAAAGGAAAUCUCUCACCAACUAAAAGAAAGUCAAAGGACCUGAAAUCUUCCUUUGAUUCCAAAACACUGCCUGCACCUGAACGUGGUGCUAAAAAGGUUGCAGAGAAGUUCAUAGAUGACAGAGAUCCAUCACGGACAGUAGAGGAGGAAAGCACUUUCAAAAGUGGUAGUAUUGAUACCGUCCAAGAGAUUCAAGAAAAGAAAGUGGCCACAGUCAUUUUGGAUGUUUCUGAGACCUUUAUACAGGUUUCUGAUACUCACCCUCAGAUGAGUAGUGAGAUGGUGGAUAUACAGUCCCCUGCAUUGGUUGAAUCAGUCAACAAGGAGGCAGCACAGAUGAAGAACAAACCUCAAAGUGCAAGGUCUGAAACUGAAAGUGCUGUAGUGGAUGGUACAAAGCAAAUACCAACCAGAAGAAAAUCAAAAGGUACAGAAUCUCCGACAACCUCAGAGAAAGUCACAGCCCAUAAAAGUGGUAAGGAAACUGGGGAUGAGAAGAAACUGCCAUCAACUACUGUUGAGAAGGUAGAUAAGCUUUCACCAGCCCAGAGAAGGUCAAAGGCUCCCAAGAUUCCCUCUGAAGUUGCAACCAGUGAGACUGCAAGGACUAAGGAAGAGGAAGCUAAACCUGCAGACGUUCAGGAAGUAAAAGUUGUACCGGCCAGGAAGAAGUCUAAGGGUCAUGAGAUUCCCUCAGCUCCAGAACCAGACAUUAAAACAACACCUGUGAAGCCAACAGAGAAUCAAACUAUUGCUCCAGUGUUUCAGAAGACCACUGUCCAGGCCACUGGCGCUGAUGACCUCCAGGAGUGUCAUGAAAAGAAAGUGGCCACAGUCAUUUUGGACAUUCCUGAGACCUUUGCACAGGUUUCCUGUACUCAUCCUCAAAUGAGUAGUGAGAUGGUGCAUAUUCAACCCUCUGGAUUGGUCCAAGCAGUCGACAAGGAAGCAGCACAGAUGAAGAAAGAACCUGUCAGCUCAAGGUCUGAAACUGAAAGUUCUUUAGUGGAUGAUACAAAACAAACACCAAUCAGAAGAAAAUCAAAGGAUAUGGACCCUCCCACAACUUCAGAGAAAGUUGCAGCUCAUAAAACUGGAAAGGAAACUGGGGAUGAGAAGAAGCUGCCAUCAACAAAAACUAGUGUUGAAAAAGAAGAUAAGAUGUCCCCAGCCCAGAGAAGGUCAAAGGCUCCCAAGAUUCCCCCAGAUGUUGCUACCAGUGAGGUUGCAAGGACUAAGGACAAAGAAGCCAAAGUCGUUCCAGCCAGGAAGAAGUCAAAGAGUGAAGAACCAACCACAGUUUCACAGGAUGCUGCUGCCCACAUCACUACCGCUAAGGAAACUGAAGAUAAGCAGAAGCUGCCAUCAACAGAGACUACUGUUGUGAAAGAAAGUAAGGUUUCACCAACCCAGAGGUCAAAGGCAAUGAUUCCUCCAGAAGUUGGUACCAGUGAGGUUGCACGGAGUAAAGAAGAGGAAAGUAAAAUCACAGAUGUUAAGGAAGCAAAAGUUAUACCAGCCAGGAAAAAGUCUAAGGGUCAUGAGAUUCCUUCAGCUCCAGAACCAGAUGUUAAAGCAAUGGCUGUGAAACCAACAGAGGAGAGUGAAACUACUGCUCCACAAGGUCAGAAGACCACUGUCCAGGUCAGUGGCACUGAUGACCUCCAUGAGGCUGACGUAAAGAAAGUGGCCACAGUCAUUUUGGACAUUCCUGACACCUUUGUAGAGGUUUCUGAAUCUCACCCUCAGAUGAGUAGUGAGAUGGUGCAUAUACAGACCCCUGGAUUGGUUGAAGCAGUCAACAAGGAGGCAGCACAGAUAAAGAAAGAACCUCAAAGUGCAAGGUCUAAAACUGAAAGUGCUGUAGCGGAUGGUACAAAGCAAGUACCAACCAGAAGAAAAUCAAAAGGUACAGAAUCUCCGACAACCUCAGAGAAAGUCACAGCCCAUAAAAGUGGUAAGGAAACUGGGGAUGAGAAGAAACUGCCAUCAGCUACUGUUGAGAAAGAAGAUAAGCUUUCACCAGCCCAAAGAAGGUCAAAGGCUCCCAAAAUUCCCCCGGAAGUUGCAACCAGCGAGGUCGUGCAGUCUAAGGAAGAAAAAGCUAAACCUGCAGACGUUCAGGAAGCCAAAGCUAUACCAGCCAGGAAGAAGUCAAAGAGUGAAGAACCAAUUACAACUUCACAGGAUACUACUGUUAACAAAACUGAGAAGCAGAAGCCGGCAUCAACGGAAACCACUGUUGAGAAAGAAAUUAAGAUUUCACCAACCCAGAGAAGGUCAAAAGCGUCAAAGAUUCUACCAGAAGUUGCUACCAGUGAGGUUGCGAGGACUAAGGAAGAAGAACCUAAACCUGUAGACGUUAAGGAAGCAAAAGUUAUACCGGCCAGGAAGAAGUCAAAGGGUCAUGAGAUUCCCUCAGCUCCAGAACCAGAUGUUAAAUUAAUUUCAGUGGAGAGUAAAACUAUUGCUCCAGAUGGUCAGAAGACCACUAUUGAAGUUGGUGGAACUGACAAGUUACAGGAACCUCAAGACAUAUCUGAAGAGGCCCCGAAGCAACCCUUGUCCCAGUCUAAGGAUAUAGAUUUAAGCACUCAACCACCUGUCUCGACUGAGACGACAAGUGGACAAGAUAUUAGAGAAUAUAUAGACAAUUUAUGGAAAGACGUCACAGAUGAUAUUGAGAAGAGAUAUCUAGUGCUUGAUAUGCCUGAGGCACAAAUAUCCCAGACACAAGAUACAAAGACAGAUCAACCAGAGACAGAGAAGGAGGCUCAACAUGACCUCAGUCAGCCUACUGUCCCUGGUCUUCCAACUCUGCAACCACAUGCAGCAGAAGUAAGCAUAACUGAACAGAUCAUAGUGAAACCAAGUCAAACCAUGAGAGAACUAGAGCUCUUAAAAACAGAAGAAAAACCCAAAGAGGGCAAGCAUUUUAGUGCUGAAAAACCUCCUGCUGAAGUGUCAACAAGUAACAUGCAGGAUGCACCUGAGAUCCUGGAUGAAAAGACUGUGAGGAUGGAGAAGAUUGUCAAAGGCUCUGAAGUUCACGUGUUUGAAAUAAAGACACAAACUGAUAUAGACAAACACGAACCCUUAAGGUUCAUGGACCAAACAACUUCAGAAAGCAGGAAUAGGUCUUCCACAGAUGUUCAGCUUGAGAAAACUCCUGAAGAGGUCGUAAAGGUAGAAGUGAGAGAACCGACGUCUGUUGUUUUUGCAUUGAAGCCAUACGAAACAGCAAGAUUUACAGAAAUAAGUUUAUCUGAAAGUGAACUAUUAGAUCCAAGUCAAACUGAAAUUAAGGUAAAGCUGGUGAAAACAACAGAGACAAGCCAAAAAGAACUGAAGGUGAGGAGCACUGAAGAUAAUCCAGAUGUCGAGAUGUCACACGAGGACCUGGAUGAAAAGCCAGCAGUUUGCAUUUUACAGCUAGACAUACCAACGAGUUCUGAACAGAACGAAAAUGUGUUUGUCACGAUAGUCAAAGAACCGCAGGCUGAUAUCGUUGAAACGAGUAUUCAGAGCAAAAAAGUACCAGUGAGUAAAGAGAUGAUGUCAGCUGAUGUUAAACAAGAGGAAGUCAUUAAGAUAGAAGUUCCUGGGAGCAGUGACACAAAGACAGAUGUUUUACAAAUUAGUUUACAUGAAAAAGACAAACUGAACCGGACCGAAACUCAGGUACAGUUGAAAACCACACAGGAACAACCUAAAGUAGUCAAAGAACAUCAUGUCCAAGAAAAACAUCCUGGUGAAAAGGAGAAGAGUGAACAGUUUGAUCAAACAGAGAAAAUUCACCAGUCGCCAAAAGUGUGUGUUCUACCAACAGAGAUGGUUCAGAAAAAGGAAAGUGUACCAGGAGUAGUUCCAAAGCCAGGCGUGGAUGUCCAAAGAAGCUCUGAUGUCCAACCAGAGAAGAAGUCUGCAGCUGUUGUAGAAGUGGUAGAACUGGAGGAAACCAUCAUUGAUUCUUUGACACCAGUUCGCACUGACGCUAAGCUGAAGACCACACCACAGAGACCCAAAGAACUGAAAGAGCAUGGUGUCCAUAAACAAAGUCCACAAGUAUCAACAUGUGAUGUGCAUGAAGCUCCUAAAUCUGUGCAGGAUGUGUCUCUGAAGAAGGAUGACAUUCUUCAACCAGAUACACAAAAAAGUGUGAAGGAGCAUCAAAUAACCUCAGUUAUGAAGACACCAGAGACGGAUGAGCGUCAAAUACGUGUCCAGUUUGAAAAAGUUACUGAUGUUCAGGCAGAAAAGGCAGCCAUCAAACCAGCCACUGUAGAUGUGACUGUCAUGGAACAGACUAAGAUCAAUGUUGCACCUAAAAGCCUGGAUGAACCUGAGAAACCUGUUGGAACAGUGGAGAUCCAGAUGAGCACCAGUUUACAACAAAGUAUACCAACGGGUAAAGCUGAGGAUCUACACAUCUCAGAGGAGCCGAUGACGUUUAUGGUUCAAACAUCCAGCCUGGUUAAAAAAGUACCAGAAAAGAAAGACGGAGCUCCAGAAGAACAAGAAACCUGGACUAUGAAGCAAGACAGAGUGGCUCAGAGAGACUCUGUCCAUCCUACUCCUGUUGUUUGUGUCACAGAGUUUGUAGAAAUAAACUUAUCAGAGCAAAAUGGACUGAAACCAGGUCAAACUGAGACUCUGAUCCGGUCUGUAGAAUCUGCACAGGAAAGACCUGCAGAACACAAAACUGAACCCACAAAAACUGAACCGGGGUUGGAUCUCAGGUUUGAGACCAAAGAAAGUAUGGAUACGACUCCAACUGACACUCAACCCGAGAGGUCUUCAGGUGAGAUGAAGAGGACGACGGUACCAGAAGUUGGUCCUGAACCUCCUGAACCCAGUGUGGUUCUCAAAGACAGUGAGCAGAGGAAGGACGAGGAGAGGAUGGCACAAGGAGAAGAAAAGAUGGCUGAGGUGGAGAGACAAAACGUUCCGCUCACAACAACAACUACUAUCACAACAACAACAAUCAUCACUGGUGACGAGAGGCUUCAGAGUGUGGAUUUGUCACAAGAGCCACUGCAGGCAGUUCUGAAAUCAACUGAUAUCCCGACUGAGACUGAAGACCUCAUCCUGGAGGAACCGGAAGGAUCAGCCAUGAAGGACAUAUUCUCAGAGAUACAGCUGCUCGCAGGAUCCGGAGCCAACAGUCAACUUUUAGAGGGUAAACCUGUCGAAGCUCCAGAGGUUCUGAUCACAUCCACCACUGAGCAGGAGGACCAUCUGACCCAACUGAACUCUAGAGUCCAGAGCUGUAAGAACCAGCCGGCAUCGCUCAGCCCGUCGGCCAUGGCUCUGCAGGUGGAGGAGGCUCAGGAGUGCAGAGAGGCGGCGCUGGCCCAGUUGUCGUUGCUCUCCCAGCAGAGGAGUGUUGGUGCUGGUGACCCGGAUGUUCUGGAGCGUGUUGAGGACCGGUGGUCCACCGCCGUCCAGGACGCAACCGCCAUCAUCCAGAGUAAAGAGGUGCAACUGCAGCUGGUCAACGAUUACAACCAACAGGGACAAGCAGCCAAGACCAGCCUGAAGAACCUGACCACAGAACUGGACGCCAUGACAACGUGUCCAGGUGAGAGCAGCUCUAAGGAGGCCGAGCGUCUGUGCUCCUUACAGAGGAACAUGGAGGAGAGGAGGACCAGGCUGGGAGAAUGGCUCCUGAUAUUCACCAGACUGAGUCCUCACUUCAGCCGAUCUGAGCGAGCCGCUGCACAAAAUGAGCUGAAGAACCUGCAGCAGGAGUGGAGAGACCUGGAGAGAGCUGUAGAGAAGUCCUUCCAUCACAGAAACAUCCAGUCCCGUGAAACCAUCGACCUUCUGUGUGACAUAUCCAUGCUGCAGAAACACUUGGAGAACAUUUCCAAAGACCUUGAAGCCAAGUCUCCAUCUGAUGCUCAGUGGAACUGUAAGAGGGCGAAGCAGGUGAUGGAGGCAAAUGCAGAGGUUAAAGCCGCACAACAGAAGUACCUCCACCUGCAGCGGCUGUCGGAGGAGCUCCUCAGCAGCUCACAGUGGGAAAAGGAAAACAGAGACAUUCAACAGGGGCUGCAAGGGCUGAAAACACAACUGAGCCACACAGAGGAACUGGUCUCCUCCCAAACCCAGAACAGCAGCAACCCCAUCAUGGACAAAAUCAUCACGGUGAUGAGGGACGGCCUCGCCUGGGCCAAGAAGACAGAGAUGGACAUCGAGGGUCGGCGGAGGAGGGUGGCUCUGCUCCCUGAGGAGGUUCACCGUCAGCUCCGAGAUCUGAAGAAGCUGCAGUCGGAGGUUAUAACCAAAGAGGGUCAGCUGGAGGCUCUGGUGGAGGAGGUGACGGAGCUCCUCCCACAGCUGGACCAGGUUGAGGAGGUGCCCAUGGUGGUCUCCUCCCUCAAGUCCCUGGAAGAACUGUCCAAGUCCACCAUGGAGAAACUGUCCAAGGCUGUGAGAGACACCGAGUCAGGACUGCAGACCAGAGAGAAGUUGUCCCAACAGAUGGCCGACCUGGACUCCUGGACGGUGUCUCACCUGAACAGAGAUGACUUCAGGAGUCCAGAGAGUCCUGCAGAAGUGGACCGGCAGUCUCGUCUGGUCCAGGAGACCCAGGCCGAGGCUGAGAGGCAGGCGGCGGUCUGCGAAGCCCUUCUAAUGAAGAGUAAAGACAUUUCCUCUGAGCUCAGUGUCACUGAGAACUGCCAGCUGUUCGAUAAACUCACCAGCCUCCAGGAGGACAUCAGGGACAUCAUCAUCCACGAAAAGGCCAACAAGAAGGAGCUGGACGAACUCAUCCAGAAGAUGACUCCAGGAAGGCAGAACCUGGUCACCAUUGAGAAAACCCUGAGGCAGAUGUUGGUGGAUCUGAACAGACACCGGUUCCCCAUCACCACCGAGUACCUUCAGGCUCUGGAACCUUUCAAACACAUGAUCCACGAGUAUAAAACCCAGGUGGACUUCAUGAAACCGUGGACUCCUCAGGAAAAGACGAGGGAUCUCCAUUCCAUCAUCUCAGAACUCCAGAAUAAAAUGGCUGCGAUGGAAAUGAAGAUCCAGGACCAUGAGCAGUAUCUGGACCUGAGGCAGUGUGUGGAGGACCUGAAGGAGAACAUAAAGGAGCAGGUCCGCCAUGUCAAAGACCACCCCGGGGAUCUGGAGCGGUACAAGAUCAGCCAGAGCCUCCUGGUCCAGUUCCCUGUGAUCCAAGAGCUGGUUAACGAGACCAGCUCCAAACUCCACGUGAUCUCCAGCGACAUUUACCCGUCAGAGCUGUCGAUGGAGCGGCAGAGACUCAGGCAGAUCGAGGAGAGUCUGAACCACAUGGAGACCGGACUCAACAACAGCCUCAGCCUCAUCGAGUGGAACCUGCUCCAGGAUCUGGACCUGGAAUUAGAGACCAAAGCCUCCCGGGCCUUCCUCAGAAAGACCCUGGAGGAGAUGACGAAACCGACGACGAUGGAGCCCAAUGAGGCGGCAAUUCACAAGGAAUACCAGAAGACGGUGGCUCUGAAAAAGACCGUAGAGUCCAGAAUGAGAGCAUGGGACGUUCUGAGGCAGAAGAAGGACAAAACACCCGGAGGUGGAUCACAGGAUCUGGUGGACUUGAAGAAUGAAGUCCUUCAAGAAUGUGACUCAAAGAUGGAGAACCUGGUCUGGGCCAGGCAGUCUCUGAAGGACUACACCAGUGCCGUUAAAGAAUCCGUCCAGUUCCUGAAGGACACCGAGGCCUCUCUGCUGGUCCAACAAGACUCUGAUGGAUCCUGCUCCCAAAAACUGGACCAGAUCCAGCAGGCUCUGGCCUCCCUGGAGCUGUACUUCCAAAACCACGUGGACCAGUUGAAGAGGCUGCUCCCCCAGCACCCUUACCUGUCCCCCCACCGGGUGGAGCGUCUGCUGGAGAACACUCUGAGCAGGCUCCUGGUCUGGAUGUCCACCCUCCAGGCAAAGGGACGUGUACAGAUGGAGAAUCUGGGCAGAUGUGUUGAACAUUACAAAAAAUACUGCGAAUCCCAAGAAGACAUCGUCCAGAGUUUGGACAGAGCGGAAAUCAGCCUUUGCCAGUUCAUGUCCCAGAAGGUCACGUCUCUACAGGACUGCACCGAGCAGCAAACCAAGAUAAAGGCUCUGUGUGAGGAGGUGGAGUCUCUGCAGAAGCGUCUGAACGAGCUGAAGGAGUGGUGUCCAGAGCAGAGCUGUCGCGAAGGACGGGAGGUCACCGUGGCGACUGUCUGGAGACGAGUAUCACGACUACGACGCUGCACUCAGAAACUCACAAGUCGAUGUACGCCGAGGAUCGCAGAAUGGAGCGACAUCACCGACAGUGUGGAGAAAGCGUCCUCCGUGCUGCAGCAGGUGGAGGCGGAGCUCCCCACGGUUUCCCAGGUGACGGCCCCCACCGAGGAGCUCCAGGACCUGCUUCAGUCCUGGGAACAGUACCAGGACCGACUGGACUGUGAACACCGCGCUCUUUCUGCUCUGGAAUUGCGCGUCGCCAGGCUGCUGGGUGUCCCCGCCCACCUGGAACAGGCUCCUCCCACUCCGCUGUGUCAGCAGCUGCAGGCGAUGCAGAGUCGAUACAACAGUGUUUUGCAGACGAGCAGGGAGGGUUUGGAGGCGACUCGGCAGGAGCUGGAGGACAGGGAAAAGGUUCGAGAGGAGCUGCAAAGCAUCCGGGUUUGGAUGGAGGCUGCAGAUCAUCUGCUGUCGGAGAUGGAACAGAGCAGCAGCACCAGCCAGGUCCAGGAGGUCCACAGCCAGCUCAUUACCCAGAAGGCUUUGCUCCAGCGCAUCAUGGACAGCCUGAAGAUGAAGUACUCGGACAUGUACAGUCUGGUUCCUGUGGAGAUCGAAGGCCCGCUGCAGGAAGUCAAACAAACGCUGCCGAAAGUAGAAGUAAAGGUCAGUGAGGCGGUGGAGAAGAGCGGUCCCGUCCAUCGUCUCGGGGCCAAGAUGUCUGAGAUCCAAUCCGGUCUCAGAUCAGUGCAGAAGAGACUGGAACAGAAAAGUCCAAAUGUGGCCGAAGCCAAGAGAACCCAGAAGUGUGUGUGGGAUGAGCUGGACGUGUGGCAUUCGUGUCUGGCAGCGUUGGAGGUCGACAUGCAGGACUUGGAGAAACCAGAGGAGGCUCUGAUCCUGACGGAGAGGCUGGUGGAGGUCCAGCAGCUCCACUCCCACCUCGCCAAGCAGGCGGAGCAGAGGACCACCCUCCUCAGCAAGAUCCACACGUGGCUUCAGGAGCAUCAGGAGAUGAUCAACAGCUCUAAAAGUUGGAUUUCUGAGGCUCAGUCGUGGCUGGCUGCGCCCUGUACCUACACCUCGGCUAAAUGUCUGAGCAGCCACGUCCACGCCCUGCAGAUGGUAUUAAACGACUCGGUGCAGAUCCGAACCACGCUGCAGGGCUUCAGCUCCAUCCUGGAUGACAUGUCGCAGGUUUGUGACGUCACAGAUCUGCAGGAGAAGCUGCUGGACGCCGACGAACAAGUGGCGUCUGUUCAGGACAGUUUCACCGCUCCUCUGUCACAGCUGGAACACGCUGCUGCUGAGGUGGAGGCUAUUGAGACUGAAGUGAAGCGGAUGGAGAGCGACGUGGGUGAGAUUAAGACGUUAUUAUCGAAUCCAGAGGCGUUUCCCAGCCCCAGAGAGGAGAGACUCAAGAUGGUGGAACAGAGGAUCCAGUCCAUGAGGAGAACCAUCGCUGAAAUCCAGAAGUGUAAACCGGGCCUCUGUCUCCCAGAAAAGGCCGAGGAGACUCUGACUGUGUUCGCUGUGGUCGACCAGUUACAGACUCUGCUGUUGGAGCUGGAGAAGAAGGUUCCAGCUCUGUUCAUCCAACAACCUCCGACUCCGGUCCAGGCCAAGGGUCCGUCAGGUCCAGCACACGUCCUCAAACCCAUGUCAGAGGAACCAGAGAGGGAGGAGUCUGAGGGUCAGAUCCAGAUCGUUCGUGUUAAGGAGGACGUGUUGAGGAGAUCGGGGGCGGAGCUUCUGUCCGUCGAACGCUCCUCAUCUGAGCAGAGGAAGUCGUGGACCCCUGACCGCGCCCAGGCUGAAGGAGGCAGACUGAGGUCAGAGGUCGAGGUAGAAGAAGGUGGACGAGGUAUUUUGUGGUGGCUCUGGGAAGCUUUCCUGGGCAUUGACCUGGAGAUGCCUGUGAUCGUCGUCGAGGAGGAAACUGAAGCAGCAGCGGCAGAACAAACGGAGGACACAAAGGAUGUUGAGGGCUCGUCCGACUCCGCUGAAGCCGGUUCAUCUGAAGCUUUAUCAAAACCCCUGGGCACAGUCAGAACCCAGUCCAAAGCCGACACCAUGGUAAACACGGCCCCCAAAGCCGACUCGGGCUCCCAGCAGAGAUGUGUAGUCUCCUAGAUCUAGAUGUGCUCCUUCUGUCCACCUUUAGCCUCUUCUAGAAGCUGCACCCACUGCCUUUAUCUAUGAACCCACAUCUGGCUUCUAGAACCCGCCCUUCUGUCGCCUUCUAGAUUAAGACCUGUCACUCUGACUUCUAGAGCUUCAACGGUGUCUAGAUCUUAAAGUUAACAAGUGCAAUGUGAAGAGUUUACGUGGAUUAGUCCUGAAUCUGGAGCUCAGUCUUUGUCUAGAAUAACUUUUUUUUUUUAACUUCACAUCGGACUCGUUUUAAAACCAAAAUUAGAACACAAACGACUCUAGAUCGACAACAUCUCGAAAGUAUAGCCUUCAAACUGUUUUCUAGAAUCACACCAAAGGCCUUUUUACACCAUUUCUAGACUGUUUUUAUAUCCUCCAGUUAAACUUGAUAACUUCUAACAUCUACAAGAAACAAACUUAGGACGAUUCUAAACGCCUACAGUUUAUCCUUAAAACUGUUUUCUAGAGUCAGGCCAAGAUUUAAAGCCUUUUUAUACGAUUUCUGUUUUUAAGUCUUCUAUAAUGUCUACAAGAACCAACGUGAAUGUGAUUCUAGACCUUUACAGUGUCCUGUUUUCUAAUUCACACCAAUAUUAAAAGACUUUUUUGUACAUUUUCUAGAAGGUUUUUAUGUCCUCAUGACAGAUUCUAGACCUUCAACAUCUUUACAGUGUAUCUUAAAACUGUUUUCUAGAAUCACACUUAGAUUCAAGCCUUUUUUGAUUGUGAUUUUUGUUACAUCCUCCAACUGAACUUUGUAGCCUCUAAUUUCUACUAGAACCGAACUUAGAACAUGAACGAUUCUAGACCUCCAACAUCUCUAAAGUAUAGCCUUCAAACUGUUUUCUAGAAUCACACCAAAGGCCUUUUUAAACAAUUUCUAGACAGUUUUUUUGUAUCCUCCAAUUAAACUUUAUAACUUCUAGCAUCUACAAGAACCAAACUUAGGACGAUUCUAGACAAUUCUAAACACCUACAGUUUAUCCUUAAAACUGUUUUCUAGAGUCAGGCCAAAAUUUAAAGCCUUUUUAUACUAUUUCUGUUUUUAAGUCUUCUAAUUAAACUUUAGAAUUUCUAAUGUCUACAAGAACCAAUGUGAACUUGGUUCUAGACCGUUACAGUGUCCUGUUUUCUAAUUCACACCAAUAUUUAAAGUCUUUUUUGUACAUUUUCUAGAAGGUUUUUAUGUCCUCAUGACAGAUUCUAGACCUUCAACAUCUUUACAGUGUAUCUUAAAACUGUUUUCUAGAAUCACACUUAGAUUCAAGUCUUUUUUGAUUGUGUUUUUUGUUACAUCCUCCAACUGAACUUUGUAGCCUCUAAUUUCUACUAGAACCAAACUUUGAACAUGAAUGAUUCUAGACUUCCAACAUCUGCAGAAUGUCCUUCAAACUGUUUUCUGGAAUCAUACCAAAAGACUUUUUAUACAAUUUCUAGACUGUUUUUACAUCAUUUAAUUAAAUUUUAUAACUUCUAACAUCUGCAAGAACCAAACUUAGAACAAGAACAACAGAUUUCUAGAAUCCCACCUAGAUUUAAAGCUUUUCCAUAGGAUUUCCAGAGUGUUUUUUUACGUCUUCCAACUAAACUUUUUAGGUUCUAACAUUUACAAGAACCAAACUUAGAAUGAUAACAGCAGAUUCUAGACCUCCAACAUCUCUAAAGUUGAUCCUAAAAGCUCUUUUCUAGAAUCACACAUAGAUUUAAACCAUUUUUUUUAUAGAAUUUCUACAAUGUUUUUUACGUCUUCCAACUGAACUUUCUAGGUUCUAACGUUUACAAGAACCAAACACAGCUCCUUCAGCAUCUUUACAGUUUAUCCUUAAAACUGUUUUCUAGAAUCACACCUAAACUUAAAGCCUUUUUAUAUAAUAUCUCAACUGUUUUUAUAUCUUCAGGUUAAACUUUAUAACUUCUGACAUCCAAACCAAACUGACUCUAAACGUCCCAACUCACCCUAACCCAAGUAUUUUCUAGAAUCACAUCUAAAAUUUAAGACAAACUAAAGGCUUUUCAGUCAUAAACCUUCACACUCCCUGUUCUAAAACACUGACCUUCUAAAAUAUACACUGAUUAGAGUCUGUUUAUACUAUGUUUACAUUCAGAUCUAGAGUUCUGUGUUGAUUCUCCAACGGGCUCCAGAGGCUUUGACUUUUCAAGAAUAGAAAAGCUCUGGACUACUUCUUAAUUUCCUGCUUUUUUUCUAGAAAUUAGAAUUAGACUAGAAAAAACAUUGUAAUUCCUCCAAGAUUUCUUCUCCAACCGGUUGAUUUUCUUCUACAAAUAGAACCAGUUUUCAUUUGUUUUUCCUUUUAGAUCUGAUCUAGAACUUAAAUCACCCUCAGUGCAUUUACAUGGUGUUCAAAAAAAAACAAAAAAAAAAAACAAUCAACUUCAAUAAAACCGAUUCCUUGAGGUUUUUAUCAGUAUUUUUU